UCAACCCCCAAAAUACGGUAGGGGGAUUCCCAUAUGCCAUGAAACCCAUUUCUUUUUCCCAGUCUCUCGCAGUCACCCCAAUCCUCUCACGCGCCGCCGCUCCCGCUUUUUCACGUUGCUUGCAAACCCCUGGACUUAGGGUUUCUGGAAUAACACAAUUAUCUGUUUGUUCUUUUUCCCUAGUUUUUAUUGUAUUUCGGUAGAGGUUUUAUUAGGGUUUCGAAGAGGAAAUCGACGAAGAUGGGCAGCGUGGAUCGAGUUGAUGAUUUGACAUUUAAAGUUAAUUUUAGCGGAGAUGGAGCAGCCAAAUUGAAAGAUAUAGUCAAGGAAAAACUCAAGGAGUUUAUGGGCGAUUACAGUGAUGAUACACUAGUGGAAUAUGUGAUUGUCUUAUUGAGAAAUGGAAGACGUAAAGAUGAAGCAAUGAAUGAGUUAAAUGUUUUUCUUGGGGAUGACAGUGAUUCUUUUGUCACGUGGUUGUGGGCUCAUUUGGCUUCAAAUUUGGAUGUAUAUGUUCCCUCUAAAGAACCUCAUGUUGGAGGAGCCAGAACAGCUGUAUUGGGGAAUCAGUCCAUUGGUGCUGGCUCUCACCAGUUGGAUACUGAUUCCGAAAGAGCAAAGACUACUAAGGUUUCCAGGAACCGACACAACAGGGAGUGGAAGGGACUGGUUAGGGAUGCGGCUGAUCCACCUCCUCUUCGGAGCUCUGUGGUUGAGAAUAUUCGUUUUGAAGAAAAAUCCAGUCAUAAAGUAAGCCUUGGAAGAUCUACCUCUCCUUGUCCUACUCAGAAGAAAAGGAGUAGACCUGACGAGCGACAUCCUAUAAAGAGGGAAGCAGUUUCUCAGAUGAUGAUUGAUGCCCCUAGGCGCCUGCUUCAGUUUGCUGUGCGAGAUGCAGUUGGAACUUUGAGGGCACCUGUUUCAGCAAAGGAGCCAUCUUCCAAGCACCUUAGAUCUGUUGUCUCAACUUCUUUUGGAGAUUUGCCAGUUCACCCUCGGAGAAUUCAGUCUGUUGCAAGAGUGGCAAAUCCAAUGGCCACAAUGAUCAAGGCUGUGGCAGAAGCUGCCGAAGAUGUGACAAAGGUGAAAAAUGCUGGAAGUGUUUUUGACAGGCUUGAUCCUGGAACAGAUGUUUUAGAGACUCAUGUCUUACAUCCAGAAUUCAGAGAGUCUCUUCCCAAGGAUGAGGAAUAUGGAGAUCUUGACCAACCUUUGGGGAGAGCCCAUUCGACAUAUUAUCGAAGAGAUGAGUAUGGUGGUGGACAUGGUGGUAUCAUAACUGCUUUAGAAAGUGAGACUGGGUUGGGUUCAGAGUCUCUGUCUGACAAUGAAUGGUAUGAUGAUGAUGGCCAAGGAGUUAUGGACGUGUCUCGUACUGGUACAUCAGGUGGAAACAAGGGUGAUAGCUCACUUGUGGUGCACUACAAUGUAGAUAAGGAUGAUAAAAUUUUACAAACAAGGAACAAAGAUCAAAAUCAAUCUACUAUAGCAGCAAAUUCUCGUAAGAUAGUUAACAUUUCUGUCAAUGUAAAUACCUGGAAACCGCCUCAUUAUCAAGAGACAAGGAAGGUUUCAGAAUUGGACAGUCGAAAAUUUCUUCCAGAGAGUGAAACGGCUGCUAACAAAUCUAAUAUUAGAUUGAUGGAGAAUUACAACCCAGUUACUGUCUCUAAUGGAAAUGUUAAAAGUGCUGCUUAUAACCAAGAAAUCUCACAGAAAGCAGUGCAGCCUUCUUCCGUUUCACAUGCUGCUGGUCGUCCUUUAGAGGAUGCUGAUUCUCGAACCAUUUUUGUGAGCAAUGUGCAUUUUGCUGCUACCAAGGAUAGUCUUUCUCGACAUUUUAAUAAAUUCGGAGAAGUGCUAAAAGUUGUUAUAGUUACGGAUGCGGCAACGAGACAGCCAAAAGGGUCAGCUUAUUUGGAGUUCAUGCGAAAGGAAGCAGCAGCCAAUGCUUUGUCUCUGGAUGGUACAUCCUUCAUGUCACGAAUUCUCAAGGUUGUGAAGAAAGCUUCUGCUCCUCAAGAAGCUGCUGCUCCUGUCAUGACAUGGCCCCGCAUAGCUCGGGGUUCUCCAUUUUCUGCCGCAAGGUUUGCUAGAGCACCUUUCGCCAGAGGUAUGCCCGGUGCAUUCAGGCCUCACCUUCCUAUAAAACCUGGUGCAAGAAGCUUUCAGUGGAAGCGUGAUGCUCAGGCAUCUCCGUCCGAUGCGGGUAAUUUUCCUUCUCCUGCUGCCCGUAGUCUCACCUAUAUCCGAACGGAGCCCAAGUCGUAAGUCAAUGCCACUACCUCCUAGUUCAGUAAUCUCAAUUUCUCAACAUACCUCCGAGGUUUCAUUGGUUUUCUAUUUUUGGCUUUUUUUCUUCCCUAUUGAAAUGCUGUUAAUGGACCUGUUGCAUCCAGUAUGCAAUGAUUCUUCGACAUCUGGAGCUUAGAGAGGUAUGUAAUAGAAGCGGAAAAGUGGUGUUUUCCUUGGAAACUUUGCAACCUGAGGCAUUGGCUUUUCUAGGUGUGGGAGGGGAAUAUGUCUAGCUUAGAUUUGGUGUUGGCAUUGUUUUUUCUUUUGAAUUUUCAUUAAACAUUUGGUUAUAUAUAUGAAAAAAAAAGAGGAGAAAAUAGAAGAAAACGAUCCCAAAAAAGGAGCAAAUUUAGUGUCUUGCCUUUCUUUUUGAAAGAAAUUGAUGGUGUUACUUGAAUAUUAAAAUUCCGUCGUUUCUUGUUGUGUUGCUAUUCCCUUAAAUUUGAAAUACAUUUUACUGAAAUAUAAAUAUGUAAUUUCUUGAUCAA